AUGACUCCUUUGGGCCGACUUAUAUUUUCGAUUGCACCAUCUGCUUUAUUCCUAUUGGUUGCACCAGUUAGAGUCAUUCAGCUUUACAAGAAAAAUGACAAGAUACGAUGGCCCUCACUGCAGGCCGUCAAAAUGGCGACCAUAACGGUGACUUGCCUCCUGAAACUGACCGUCCUCGCAUUAUGGGCCCUUCACGCCGAAAUUAGAUCAAGAGCUACGAUAGCAGCUGCGGCUUUGGAUCUGGCUUCAGCAAUUAUGACAGGAUUGCUUUCCCCGGUCGAGCAUGUAAAGUCAUCGAGGCCUUCGCCGUUAAUCAAUCUUUUCCUCUUCUUUACGACGCUUCUUGAUGGUGCUAGGGCAAGGACGAAUUGGCUUAUCGCACAACGGGAUUUCGUUUCGAUUCCUUCGAUUUUCAUCGCCUCCCUUGCUGUGAAGAUUUUCCUUCUGGUACUCGAGUCGAUACCUAAAAGUCGGUUCUUGUUACCGCCGAAUGAAAAGCGGACACCGGAAGUGACUAGUGGGAAUAGCGAGAACAUAUCUCUCCAACAGCUAUUUCCUGUCGACGAAAAGAUUGCCUCGGCCAGGAUCGACGCGAGACUACAGGCAGCAUGGGAAUCAAGUUCAAAGAAAAAGUCCUACUCUCUUGCUCUAGCAAUGGCACGAGCUCUCUGGCUUCCCCUGAGCGUGACGAUGAUUCCACGUUUCUUUCUUGUUGGCUUCUCGUUGGCACAGCCAUUCUUGAUCGAAAGAGCCGUCAAUUUUGUCGAGAACAAGGAGGACACUAAUAAUUCCGUUGGGUAUGGUCUGAUUGGAGCGUAUGAUAUUAUGGACACCAGCAUUGAGAAAUCGUCGGCUCUCACGCUUAUGGGCACAGACGUGGAACGAAUUGUUGCAACUCUUAAACACGUCAUCGGUAUUGCUCCUGAUUUCAUACAAGUGGUGCUUGCAGUCUGGAUCCUGGAGACUCGACUCGGUCCAAUCUGUGUUGCUCCCAUGAUAAUGGCGCUCAUCUCAGCCAUUGCAUCAGCCCAGGUUGCUAAGGUGAUCAGACCACGACAACGAGAAUGGAUGCAGGCAAUACAAAAACGAGUUGGGGCCACAACCCAAGUCUUAGGGUCCAUCAAGAGUAUGAAAAUGCUCGGACUCGCUGCUAAGAUGACAGAUAUUGUGCAAGAUCUGAGGGUCACAGAAUUGCAGAAGUCUAAGAAAUUUAGGAAGGUCCAAAUCACUAACAUAAUUCUCGGGAACGCACCCGGUUUAUUGUCUCCUGUAGUCACCUUUAUUGGCUAUGCUAUAAUUGUCAAGCUUUCCAAUGGCGACCCACCAAGCACAGCAACAAUCUUUUCGUCCUUGUCAUUGCUGUCAAUCCUGAUUAACCCAGUAAGCGAGAUAACGGCCGCCUUACCCAAUUUGACUGCAGCAUUGGAUUGCUUCAGCCGCAUCCAAGAAUACAUCAUGUCCGACAGGCGUAUUGAUUAUCGGACCAUAAAAUCGAGGAAUUACAGCCAGACUCUCUUCAUUCGCAACAACCCUCAUACGGUGGAUAGUGCAGGUGUUGAUGACAACAGCGAAUUCCCAAACUCUGAGGACCGCUCCGAGAAAGUGUUGGCCUCCCAAGAUCCUACAAUGCCUGAAAUGCCCGAUUUGGCAAUUCUCGUAGACCAUGCUGAUGCUGGUUGGUCGGAAGAUGUCGUUGUCUUGCAUGAUUUGUCAGUAAAAAUUAGGCCGUCUACACUGACCAUGAUUGUUGGCGAUGUUGGGUGUGGAAAAUCUGCCCUUUUAAAGCUCUUACUCGGCGAAAUCGUUCUGAUCAAAGGAUCUGUCACCCUGACUACAGAUGAAAUCGCGUAUUGCAACCAGACGCCCUUUCUCACCAACCAAAGUAUUCGGGAAAAUAUCAUUGGCGCUUUAGAAUACGACGAUGAUUGGUACCAAAGAUGCAUAGAUGCAUGUGCACUCAAUGUGGAUCUAAAGGAUCUUGCAAGUGGCGACAAUACCAUGAUCGGAAGUAAAGGCAUCGCAUUGAGCGGUGGGCAGAAACAGCGCUUGGCAUUGGCCAGAGCUGCCUAUGCACGAAAGAAGAUUGUCUUGUUAGACGAUGUGUUGAGUGGAUUGGAUGCUCAAACUGAGCACCAAUGUUUCGAUCGCCUUCUUGGUCGAGAUGGGCUAUUUCGGCGUUCAAUGGCAACCAUAGUCCUUGUCACACAUGCUGUGAAAUGGUUGCCAUACUCAGAUCAAGUCAUUGCAAUGAGUCCUGAGGGGGGAAUAAUCCAAGCGGGCUCAUAUGAAACAUUUGCUACAGGGCCUGGAGAUAUCCAGACUCUUAGUUUGCAAAAAGGUCGUCAAGUAGCACCGAUAUCAUGGACAGACCAAGAUUCAGAGAAGAAUGAAUCUGUGAAUGUCUCAAAUGAUUGCGAGUCAGACAAUGCCACAAAUGGAGAGAAUCGAGGGAAGAGAGACUUCUCAAAUUUGAGUUUCUAUAUCUCGUCGAUGGGCAAGAUGAGUUUCUUCGUUUUUGUGUCUCUGGUCGGGGCUGAGGUGGUCCUCACAGCCAUGCAACCCCUAUGGCUCAAAUGGUGGAUAGAGGCUUCCCAAGAAGAUCCUAAUUUGCAAUUUGGCAUGUGGAUCGGUGUAUAUGCACUUUUUGGAGUUCUAGGGCUCUUUUUCUUGGGCUUGAGUGGAGGAGUUCUUCUGAUAUUUAUCAUCCCGAGGUCUUCCAAAAACUUGCACUACAGCCUAUUACGCGCUACCAUGCAGGCACCUUUGAAUUUCUUCACUCUGAUGGACACAGGAGCAAUCAUUAACCGUUUCAGUCAGGACAUGACACUAGUGGACAUGUCGUUACCCAUGGGCCUUCUCCUUGCUAUCGAACAUUUUGGCAAUUCGCUCGCGGAAGCAGUUCUCACCUGCGUCGCAUCAGGAUACAUGGCGAUUUCGCUACCUUUCCUCGCAGUGGCUCUUUACUUUCUGCAGAAUACUUACUUGAGAACAUCACGUCAAAUACGUCUGCUAGACCUUGAGGCUAAGAGUCCUCUCUAUACGCACUUCACUGAAUCACUACUGGGAUUACAUACAAUCCGAGCCUUUGCAUGGUCGCAAACUUUGGUUUCCCGAAACACAAUCCACAUUGAUACCUCCCAGCGGCCAUUCUAUCUUCUCUUGUGCCUGCAGCGGUGGUUGGGUCUUGUUCUUGAUCUAAUCGUUGCGGCUUUAGCUACCAUUCUUAUUUCUCUGGCGGUUACACUGAGACAAAGCAUGAAUACAGGUUUGCUUGGAGUGGCGAUGGUCAGUAUUGUGAGCUUCGGACAAACCCUCUCGUACUUCAUUACCUAUUGGACGAUGUUGGAGACUUCCAUGGGCGCUAUCUCCAGAACCAAGCAGUACAUGAUAGAGACGCCAUCGGAGGAGGAACAGGAGGUUCAAGACCCUCCGCCAGAUUGGCCAUUGGAGUCGAGCAUUGAACUUCGUGAGGUGUCAGCUUCAUACAAAAACACGGAUCGGGAGGUCCUAAGCGGUAUUAACCUGUUGAUUCCAGCGGGACAGCGAUUGGCAAUCUGUGGCCGGAGUGGAUCCGGUAAAUCCACUUUAAUUUCCCUUAUUCUCCGCUUAAUGGACCCUGACAAGGGCUCUAUUUUGAUUGGAAAUAAAGAUAUCUCCUGCUAUAGUCGAGAGGGCAUUCGAAGCCGUCUUGUGACCAUACCACAAGAGCCUUGGUUUCUUCCUGGGGGAUGUGGGACUGUGCGUAAUAAUCUCGAUCCACUCGACGAAACGGCUGAUGAAAAGCAUAUCUAUGAUGUACUUGAGAAAGUUGGUCUUGAGCAACAAGUUAAGGCUAUGGGUGGGCUGGAUGCAGAAAUGGAUCAGGAGGGAGGUACCUUGUCAUCAGGCCAGAAGCAGCUGUUCUGCCUGGCGCGCGCGAUGUUGAUGCGACGAAGCAAGCUACUCAUUCUGGAUGAGGCAACAAGCAGUGUUGACCACAAGACGGAAUCACGGAUUCUCUCGCUGCUGCGCACUGAGUUCCAUGGGUGGACAAUUGUGUAUGUUGCGCAUCGGCUGAAACUCAUCCAGGAUUUUGAUAGAGUGGCGGUGAUGGAUCGAGGUAUUGUUGUUGAAUUUGACACACCAUCAACACUUCUGGCGGAUCCCACUUCCACGCUGUCAUGCUUAUAUGAGAAGGAUGGGCAUCAUUCUUAG